ACUAUGGUGAGAAAAUUUUACAUUUCUGCUGUGCCAAUUCGUAACUUUUUACUGCUGGAAAUUUUUGACAGUUGCUUUGAUGCACAAGAAGACUAUCGAGUUUGCUAUUUAUAAAAUGCAGCAAUUAUAUAGAAAAUAUUUGCCUUUGAUGAUUUCAAUUCUUCUGGAACUGAAAUCCAUGCAUUUAUUAGGCCUUUUAGCAGUAAUAUUAGAAAUAAAAACACGUCAAAACCGUCUGGGUAUUAUGUACAUGCAACAAGACGUUUAUUCCAAAAUACUAAGCAGCAUUAUGAACGGCGAUAGCAAGACUACAAAAAUGUAUCUUAGGUUGUCCUCUGCUUCGUUUCGAAAAAUUGUAACUCACAUUCCCAAAAAGCGCCACGGAUGGUCAGUGGACCUUCGUUGCUGUUGGCGUUCUUUUAACUGAACCAAACAUCCUUGUCAAUGCGCUUUUCCAGAAGGAUUCUGCGUUCUGUAGCCCGUUUCUGUAACUUUUCUCUACCGAUUAUUUCUCUACUGGUAGAGAAAAUCCGUCACUCUCACCUACUAAUUAGCAGUAGAGAACAGGGCGGCGAAUUCAUAUCUCAAUUCGCCUUGGUAGAGAAUUGUUACAGAAACGAGCUAC